AUGCCUCGUUUCUCUGAUGCUGAUUUGGGCGUUGAGUCCGCCGCCCCCAGCGAUGCGCCGGCCGCUCGCUCCCCACUAGACCAGGCAAGCAUUGCCAUUCCUACUCAGGAUGGCGAGACUAUUGAGAUUCCUGCCACUCGCAGCUCAAUGAGUGGUACUUCCGCCAUGAUGCACCAUCUGAGCCUAGGUCCCUCCAUGCGGGAUCGUCGUGGCUCUCGCAAUUCCUUUGGAACUUCUCUCCCCAUCCCGCGGUCCCCGCGGAUGUCCCGCAGCUCCCGCUUGUCGCGUGCUUCUCGCCCAAGUGUUGUUGGCCGCGAUAUCAUGGCUUCGCAAGUGCAAGAUCUUUCCCCAGAGAAGGUGGCUGCUGUGAAGAACAUGGCUUUUGCCUUCGAUAUUGAUGGUGUCCUGGUUCACGGUAACAACUACAUCCAAGAGGGCCGCGACGUCCUCAAGAUGCUGAACGGUGACAACGAACUCGGUAUCAAGUUCCCCUACAUCCUUUUGACCAACGGUGGUGGUAAGACCGAGCAGGCUCGUUGUGACCAGCUGUCCGAGAUUCUCGAUCACCCCAUCUCCACCGACCAAUUCAUUCAGUCCCACACUCCCAUGCAGGCUCUUGCCGAGUACUACGACACCGUGCUGGUCUGCGGUGGCGAGGGCUACAAGGUCCGCGAAGUUGCCGAGAGCUAUGGUUUCAAGAACGUGAUUCACCCCAAGGACAUUGUCGCCUGGGACCCCACGAUCUCUCCCUGGGGACGAUUCAGCGAGGAGGACAAGAAGCACGCCAAGCCCCGCGAUUUCUCCAAGGUCAAGUUCGACGCUAUUCUCUGCUUCGCCGAAUCCUGGGACCAAAUGACCGAGUUCCAGAUCAUCAACGAUCUGCUCAUGUCCGAGAACGGUGUUCUCCUCACCCGCACCAAGAACCCCAAGGAGCACAAGCACAUCCCCAUCUACUUCUCCCAAGGUGAUCUGCUCUGCCCCACUGAGCACAAGGGUCCCCCACGUCUCCACCUGGGUGCUUUCCGUCUGGCUGUUGAGGCUAUGUACAAGGCUACCUCUGGUAACGACCUCGAGCGUGUUCUGUACGGUAAGCCCGAGCGUGCUACCUACAUCUACGCCGAUGAGGUUAUGCAGGACUGGAUGGAGGAUCUGCACGGCGAGAAGAAGCUUCCCCAGAACAUCUACAUGGUCGGUGACAACCCUGCCUCUGAUAUCGUCGGUGGUAACAUGUACGGCUGGAACACCUGCCUUGUUCGCACUGGUGUUUUCCAGGGUGGUGAGAACGAUGAGGAGAACCCUGCCAACUUUGGUGUGUUCAAGAACGUGAAGGAGGCUGUUCAAACUGCUAUUCGCAAGGAGAUUGGUGAUGACUUCAAGUUCAAGUGGGAGCACAAGAUCAACCCUGUUAUGCACGGUAACUCUACAUCUGCUAUUGAGUAG